AUGAACAGAAACACCAACAAUAACCUUAUCCAAAAGCCCAACAACCGCCUCACCAAAACACCCUACACCCACCCACAACAACCCUACACCCACCAACACCUUACACCCACCAACCAACAAACAACCCUACAUCCACCUACCAACAUCCCUACACCCUCCUACCAACAACCCUACACCCACCAACCAACAUCCCUACGACCACCUACCAACAACCCCACACCCACCUACCAACAACCCAACACCCUCCUACCAACAACCCUACACCCACCAAUAACCCUAUACCCACCCACCAACAAACAACCCUACAUCCACCUACCAACAUCCCUACGACCACCUACCAACAACCCUACACCCUCCUACCAACAACCCUACACCCUCCUACCAACAACCCUACACCCUCCUACCAACAACCUUACACCCACCCACCAACAUCCCUACGACCACCUACUAACAACCCCACACCCACCUACCAACAUCCCUACGACCACCUACCAACAACCCCACACCCACCUACCAACAAACAACCCUAUACCCACCCACCAACAACCCUACACCCACCUUCCACAAACCCUACACCCUCCCACCAACAUUCCUACACCCACCUACCAACAACCCUACUACCACCCACCAACAACCCUACACCCUCCUACCAACAACCCUACACCCUCCUACCAACAACCUUACACCCACCCACCAACAUCCCUACGACCACCUACUAACAACCCCACACCCACCUACCAACAUCCCUACGACCACCUACUAACAACCCUACACCCUCCCACCAACAUUCCUACACCCACCUACCAACAACCCUACUACCACCCACCAACAACCCUACACCCACCUACCAACAACCCUACACCCAUCUACCGACAACUCUACAACCUCCCCCACUAA